AUGUCGUUCGACAAAGGCAUUCUACGAAAAUAUGCACAGCUAGAAGAACCAGAGAAGCUUCCGCCAAGUGUCUACUUCACACAUACGGAACAUACUAUAACAAUAUUUGACGCAUAUCCAAAAGCAACGUUUCAUUUCCUCGUCCUCCCGCGCGUGAAGGACAAGACGGGUCCAUGGAGUGCAGCAAACCUGAUCAGUCUGAAGAAGUUCUUUAACUCUAAUCAAGCAAGCGUUGAAGAUGCACGGAUCUUGAUGCAGCGCCUAAAAGGAGAUGCUGAGACAGUGUGCGAAAUGAUUGUAGAGGAAAUGCGAAGCCGCUAUGGCUUUGUCUGGAAGUUGUACAUGGGCUUUCAUGCAGUACAAUCAAUGGACCACGUUCACUUGCACAUAUUUUCUGAGGACCUUUGUGCACGCGCUCUGAAAACAAAGAAACAUUAUAACUCGUUUCAUCCCAAGUUAGGCUUCUUCCUACACCUCGAUGACGUACUGUCUUGGUUCGACAAAGGCAAUGCGGAGUCAUACAUAAAAUCGAUGACGAAGCUGGAGGAGUCAUCCUAUGAAAAGAAGUUGAAGGAGCCACUAGAAUGCUUUCACUGUGCAAAGGAAUUGCGGAACAUCCCAACGCUUAAAGAACACCUGAAACAGCACUUUGAUAAGAUAGCGGAGAAAGGAAAAGCGACGGAAGCAAAUGGAAAACGGGGGUGCAAUGAAAGACGGACGGAAGAAAAAACAAAAGGGUCGAAAGAUCACGAUCUGAAACAGGAGACAGAAAUGGCCCAGAAGGCUGUGUCCCCUGACUCAGCAGGUGAAGUGGCACAGGAAGUUGAAGAUAGAGACUAUGAUGCGCCGCGCAAGAGACUGAAGCUUGCAUGAGGUGUAUCUCUGGCUGUAUCGGUUUGUGCACCAUAAAGGGUGCUUGUAUUUUCUCUCUG